UAUUUUGAUUUUUUUUAAAAAAAUGAAAGUUUUAAUUUUUAAGAACAAAUAAAUAUAUAUUAAUCCCUUAAUUUGCAUUUUGAAUCAACGAAGUUAAAUUAUAUCUCCAGAAAUUAAUUUGAAUUCUUAUGAUAGCCCAAAAUAAUGAAUGAAAGAAAUCUUCGAGAUGGAAGCAAGGAUGCCCAUACGGAACCAACUCAAACAUUCUUUUAAUUAGACUAAGAUGUUGACCGGUGUGGUUGAUUUGUGACAGCGCGAUUAUUAUAAAAUUUAGAUAGUAAAAACAUGUAUACACAUUUUCCUGGUGCACAUAAAAAUUUAAAAAUCUGAUUAAUCAAGAAAGCUAAAAUGCUUUCAAUGAUCAACAAGCUAUUAGAUUGGUUUAGGAGUUUAUUUUGGAAGGAAGAAAUGGAACUAACCUUAGUUGGCCUUCAAUAUUCAGGGAAAACCACAUUUGUCAACGUUAUUGCUUCUGGACAAUUUACUGAAGAUAUGAUUCCAACUGUUGGAUUUAAUAUGAGGAAAAUUACUAAAGGAAAUGUGACUAUAAAAAUUUGGGACAUUGGUGGUCAACCAAGAUUUAGGAGUAUGUGGGAGAGAUAUUGUAGAGGAGUUAAUGCUAUAGUCUAUAUGGUGGAUGCAGCUGAUCAUGAAAAAAUCCAAGCAUCUGCAAAUGAGUUGCAUAAUCUUCUAAAUAAACCACAAUUACAAAAUAUUCCAGUAUUGGUUUUAGGAAACAAAAAGGAUUUGCCUAAUUCUUAUGAUGAAAAGACCUUAAUUGAAAAAUUAAAUUUAUCAGCUAUUCAAGAUCGCGAAAUAUGUUGUUAUUCAAUAUCUUGCAAAGAAAAAGAAAAUAUAGACAUAACAUUGCAAUGGUUAAUCAAGCACUCACGGAAUAAUUGCUAAAGACAAAUUUACAAAAAAAUCGUUAUAUAGUAUUUAUUUGAUGAUAUCUCUAUUAUAUUUUUUAUAUCGCUUGUGUAACUGAGGCAAAGUUAUAUCUAAUUUUUUUAAUACCUGAUUUUAUUAGAGGACUUACCCCGUUUAUAUAUUUAUAACAAAAUGUUUAAUUUUCUAGUUUUUUUUUGCUAUAGGUUGGCUAAAUAUUAAAAUUGGAACCUAAAAGUUUAAAAAUGAUAUAUCAAGUAAAUUUCUUCUUUUUUUUUUAAUUUCAUGACUUUUGAGAAUAACAAUAGAUAAGAAUGUAAAUUAUAUUGUUUUUUUUUAAUUUCAAUAAAUAUGAAUCAAGCUGUAUAUAUUUUAUAAAGAGAAUUUUAUACCGGUCAAUACUUAGAUUGGUAAUUCAUUUAUUUAGACAUGUAUGAAUAUAAAUUAGCUGGUACCACACCAUUUUUUGGUAUCCCGUAUUAAUAACUUACAUUAUAAUAUAAAAAUUUUAAAGAAAAAAAAAAUCAGAGUUUCACAAAUGUAUUUUAAAAAAUUGAUAUAGAGAUAUCACCAGUUAAUUUGUAUUCAACGACCCUUUAAAAUGUACUUUAAUGAAUUAAUCAUCAGUCUAUAAAAUAUUAUAUGUCAUUAACUUACUACUGGUCUAUAUCUCAUCCAUAUUAUUAAUUAUUUUAUAAUAAUUUUAUUAUCAAUUUGUAUUUAUAAACAAGUAAAAUAUAAUUUAUUUUUACACAAUAUAAUAAUUAUUCAAAUAA